CGCGGCGGCCGCCCUUAAUUACAGCGAAUCGAAUAAAUUAACCGAAAAUUUCCGCCCGCCCCGCCUCCCCGCCGAGAUCCCCCCCCCCUCCUCCCCUCCCCCGGCCCCGCAGCAGCGCCCGGGCCGAGCCGCCGCCAGUGACCGCGUGGUUUGCAGUCUGGAAAGCAAGGUCCGAGAAUGGUGAAGCUGGGGAGUAAUUUGAACGACAAGAACAGCAAACCACCAUCCGGCGAAGAUGGUUUUCAGACAGUUCCUUUGAUCACGCCUUUGGAAGUAAAUCACCUGCAGUUCCCGGCUCCGGAAAAGGUAAUUGUGAAAACAAGAACAGAGUAUCAGCCUGACCAGAAGAACAAAGGAAAACUCAGAGUGCCCAAAAUUGCUGAAUUCACAGUCAGUUUCACUGAUGGUGUAACAGAAAGACUAAAGGUCACUAUUCUCAUAAGUCUGGCUCUUGCAUUCCUUGCCUGCAUAGUGUUUCUUGUGGUAUACAAAGCCUUUACUUACGACCACAGUUGCCCAGAUGGAUUUGUUUAUAAGCAUAAGCGGUGCAUCCCGGCCUCACUGGACGCGUACUACUCCGCACAGGAUUCCAACUCCCGGGGCAGGUUCUACACUGUCAUCAGCCACUACAGCAUGGCCAAGCAGACCAGCUCCCGGGCUGUAUCGCCUUGGCUGUCUUCAGGGUCAGUAAACCAUGAAGCCAAGGCUGCCAAGACAGAAGGUCAUUAAAGUUAACAAGUGGUGAUGGGCAAAGUGGGAGGGUGGGGGGACAACACCAUGUCUAUACUGCAUUGCUCUAGUUGAGAGAGGGUGCUGUGCUAGCAGCACGGUGGGAAUAAAUAGAACCCAAGUGCGGGAGUCAUCUUAAUGGAUAUUUCUUUUCGUGCAUUGUUCUCGUUGAUUUGUAACCGAGUCGAGCUCUUGUACAAAGGCAUGUUUGAUGUUGACUGUACCUUACGAUGUAAAAAUAUUUUUAAAUCAUUGCUUAACUAUUUGUUAGAAAAAGAAAUUAAAAAACAAAAAAAGCAAAUUAGAUAAACAGCCAGAGAGGAUAAAAGCAGCAAAGAGAAUCCCGCAAAGUUUCAUCGUUGCUGGAUAGCUGUGGCACAGACUUAACAUGCUGAAAAAUAAGCUGAAAUCCUUUUGAGAUACAGGAUAGAGAGAACCUGUUAGACACUGCAGUGUUGUUUAGCUUGCCAAAGGGGGGAUAUUUUGCAGUCAAAUCAAAUCUAGUAUCAAUGUGCAUUUACUGAUAAAUGCAAGCAUCCCCUCCUCCCUCAAACACACACACAUGCAAAGACAUAGGCACGCAGCCCUGCACAGUGGCCUAAGCAAAUCCAGGCAGAUCUCGGUAUUUGUAGAGAGCUGCACUGUGCUGGUGAUCUUGGCUGGGAUCUGAGGCUGAAACCCUGGCUGGAAUGUGGAUUUGGAGCAGGAUGGAAGCUGCUGUAGAGAAGUCAUGGGUAUAUUUCUGAGCACAGAGCUAGGAGUCAGGAGAUGAGGGCUUCAUUUCUGCUUCUGGCUUGGCUUUCCUGCAUGACCUUUGGUAAGUUACACGAGGCCUCCCUCAGAGGGUCACCACGAGACAAAGAAAUGCCAUUGUAAUAUGUGGAGCCUUUCAAGAGUGGUGAUAGUAUAAAACAAUAUUAAACCUCUAACUUCUCGGCCCCUAAUUUUCCUCUCACCCAUGAAACGGGAUGCUCCAGCUUCCCUCCUUCAGCUUCAGAUAUGUCAAUAUAGAGUUUCAUUCCAGAUAAUUAGAGAGGGGUGGCCAUAGCGUACUCUCAGUACAAGGGUCCCGUCAAACCCCUGCUUGCAUACACAGACUAGACCCCAAGCUUAGUCCAAUCCUGACCAGUGUGAAACAUCCUCUCCUCACAAAUGGCAUGUACAACUAGAACAGACUGAUGGGAUUAAAAAAAAAUAAUAACAAAAGGAUUCUCUAUUUUUUAGAGCCUCUGCUUGGCCCAUUGCUGCCAAGUGGUUCUGCUGCUCAGUAAUGCAGGCAGGGAAAGGCUGAGCAGCAGGAUCAGAGCACACAUAGAGGGCAAGAUUCACGUGUUACUAAGGCUGCUUUUUCAGAUUUGUGGCUAGACUGGGAUGGAAAUUAGGAACUGACCCCUUCUUCCCCCGCAUUGGGCAGUUUUGUCCUUCAUUUUGCAUACAUAGACACUAGAGGGUGUAAAUGAGGGCAGAACUCCUCAGUCCUUACAGGCAUCAUGAUAAAUAACUGUAUAGCAUAGCUAAAAAUGUAGUGCCAAAUGCCAUUGUCUGAUUUCCUACCCUUCCUUCUCCUUCCACCUGUAAAUUCAUUUCUCACCCAAAAUGUACAAACCACUCCCUCCACCAAAAAUCAGAACUCCAGCAAACCACUGAACAGUUUAUAAUUUUGUGGUGUAUUUUUUGUCAGUAGGUAGCAGAGACUGAAGUAUUUUUUGGUGUAAUUCUUGAACUUUUCUGACGGGAUUAAAAUAAAGCUAGAUGUGACCGAG